ACCACCACCACACACACCACCACACACACACACACACCCCUCACACACACACACACACGCACACAUCCCUCCCACCCACUCAUGGAGUUUACCUUCUAUUACGUGGUCAUUGCCCUCUGCAUCUGCAAUGGCUUGUUGUUCCUCGGCGGACUCUCUUGGCUCUACUUUGCCUUUGUCCGUGGAAGGAGGUGGAGUACCAUCAAGUCGUACUUGCUCACCAUUGUCUUUGCAUCUUUGACUCGGACCUUUAUGUUGUCUUUUGGUGCCACUGGUUAUGAUGAUGAUCAUCCUGCUGGUCAUGGUCUUGGAAAUCCUGGUCUCAUCGUCGUCACCGCUCUACUCGCCGCUGCAUCGGCUGCUGCUCUCGUCAUGCUUGUGGCUCAAUGGGCUGCUGUGUUUCAAGCUGCUGCUGCUACUCCGGUGGCUCUACUCUCUCGUUCCGCUUCGAGCAUGAUCGCUGUUCUGGGCGUCAUUCUUGUCGCUACCUUGCAUAUCAUCUUGGUCUUUGUGGUCAUGCCCGCCGGCUCUCUUGCUGCUGCAAGGUCCAGGCUAGAGACCGCAACAGUAGUGGUCAACUCGAUCUUGCUCCUCGCCCUACUGGUUGCCAACUCUGGCAUCGGCUACGUCCUCUAUCUCUACGGCGAUCGGCUGCAUGCCGACGAUGAAGGCCUCCUCGCCCAGCACUACACCCGCAUGGUCUUUAUCAUCUCGUUCUUCUUCGCCAUGGGUCUGGCCUUUGACAUGGUCCCCUCGAACAUGUGGGUGACCGAUCCGGUCUCGGUCGGCAUCUACUACAUGGCUGCUACCCUCGUCACUUUUCUGCAGCUUGCCGUUGUCCGCGCCCUCCCGCAGGCCCGGGUCUCGGACGCCAUGUUCUCCAUCGUCGCCACCUCGGACGACAUCCUUGCCCUGUAGCUUCCUCGUCGGUCGCUACACAGCAAGAAUCGCCGCCGCGCUCUGGCUCACCGGCUCGCUGCCCGACUCGCGGCGCGGUGUGUCGAUGAGUUCAACCACCAGGUUGCCUGCGUCGCCCACCGUCACCUGCGCCGCCACCCCACGGGUAAGGAGGCCUGCGCUCGAGGCGUCGGCGAGCGUGUUGCCGACCUCGCGCUCGAUGAUGUGCUUGACCGACCGCACCCCGUACUUGGGAUUGUACUGCGCCAUCACCGCAUCUACCACCGCAGCGUCAAACGUGAGGUCCAGCCCGUGCCGGCUUGCGGCGAGGUGGACCCACUUGGCGAGGAAGAGGUUGAUGACCGAUGCCAGGUCCUGCGGCGUAAACGGCUCAAACGGCAGAA